UCUUUCUCCGAGUGCAUGUAGAGAGAGAGUGUGAGAGUGUGUGUGGUGAUUUGCGGUGUGUGAUGUGAGGUGAUAGAUGAUUAAAUCAGGUUAAAUGAACCACUGUAUGGAGCGACAGAGGCGCGAGGAGGAGAUCCUGAAAAUCUUCCUCACACACACACACACACUCACACACUCACACUCAUUCUGUGAUUGGGAAGCGGAGAGGACAUGAAGACAGUGUUCAGGACAUGAAGACAGGGGUGCAGUGUGUCGGUGUUGAGUGAAGUGUUGAGAGUGAGAGUGGGAGGAAGUGUUACACUGUAGCGAGAGAGGAAAUGCGUGAUGGAUAAGGGCCAUACGGUGAAGCUGUUUGUAGGGAACCUGGCCCUGGACACCACGCAAGAGGAACUGUCCGCCAUUUUCGAGGCCUAUGGCCAAGUGGUGAGCUGCAGCGUUCUUCGGCAGUUCGCCUUCGUCCACUUGCAGGGAGAGGGCGCUGCCGAGCGCGCCAUACGGGAGCUCAAUGGCCGAGAGUUCAAAGGACGUAACCUGGUGGUGGAAGAGUCCCGUGGACGGCCGCUCCACUCCACCAAAGUGUUUGUGGGUAAUCUGAGCGGCAUGUGUACCACAGAAGACCUGAAGGAGCUUUUUCAGACUUUUGGGAAGGUCCUGGAGUGUGACAAGGUUAAAGGCUAUGCCUUCGUGCACAUGGAGAACAAAGAGGACGCGCUACAAGCCAUUGAAGCCUUGCACGGCACCUCAUUCAAGGGACGUCCACUCUCUGUGGAGUUGUCCAAAGUCCAGCCCAGUAAGCAGACCCCGACUGGAAAGAUCCCUUGCGUUAGUUGUGGUAAACAGGGUCACUAUGCUGGUGAGUGUCCCUCUGGGAAACCCGCUCUGGAGCAGUACCAGAGUCAAGCGGCAGUGCUGGCAGCUGCUGCCGCUGCCGCUGCAGGACUGCCACUUCAGGUACAGCAGAGCGUCCACAACUCGGUCUACAAUACCACGACCUUCGACCCCACCUAUGCUGCUUUGACUGGCCUGACUGCUGCAGGAGCGCGAGCGGAAGGAGCAGCCGCCGUUGCACCUGCUGUAUACGGCGCGCUAGCUAACCAAGUUUACGGAACAGUCGCUAACCAGCUCUAUGGAGGCACGAUGGCUAAUCAAGCUCUUAACUCUGGGGCCAGCGCAGCUGCUGCACAGGUGUAUGGAUCUCUUAACCCUGCCCUCUAUGGCCAGGUGACAAGCGGAAGUGUUGCAGCUGCUGCAGCCGCCGCCGCUGCCUACGGGCCACAGGUUUACACGCCUGCAAUGGCCAACCCUGUGUUUUUAGCUGCAGCACCUAGCAUGGAAGUACCUGCAGCCGCUGCUGUAAACCCAGCCUACACGGUAGCUUCAGCCAUCUACACAGCCAGCCCGGCUUACAGCGCACUGGGAGCGGCUGACCCGACGGCCAUCUUUGAAGCAGCAAGGGCUCAGUACUUUGCACAGGGACAGCAGGUGCUAGCAGAGCAGCAGCAAGCUAGUACGAAAUCUGGGGAAAGGGACAGGAGCCCGCUCAGAAGAUCAGCACCUCUGCUGCCUGACCCAGUUAUGAAGCCUUUCAUGUACCAGAGGGCAAAGCGCCGAGCACUACUGCCUACUCCUGCAGGCCGGGAAGAGGCCGCCGCCCAGGAAGAGGAUCUUCUUGCCAGGUACUACGCGGAGUACUAUCAGCAGUACCAGCAGCUCGCCCAGUACCCACAGUACCCCACGGUUCAUUAUCAAGCCCCAAGCCCACUGGCGGCGAUGUCCGCCAUCCCCACGCUGUCUGCCGUUCCUACCGCCCUCGACUCGCUCAGGCCAGUGCUGCCCGCCGCCCCCGUGCCUGCCACUGCCGCCAUCGCCGUGGCAACAUCCCGCGUGUAUGAGCCGCCGCCGAUUCCGCCGUCGCGCAAGGAGCCCCUCCUGCGCCGCUCCGAACUCGCCCUGCACCCUCCCGAAACGCCCUUUCGAUAGUGUGCACUUCCUCCCACUGCCCCCCCCCCUUCUCUCCUCGCGCCAUGUCUCUGACUGUGUGUGUGUAUGUUUUGUGUGUGGACAGAGUGUGUCUGUGGUUUCUGUAAGUGUGGGAGAAGUGUGUGUGUGUGUGUGUGUGUGUGUGUGUGUGUUUGUCUGGGUGCCUUGGCUUUUAAGGACUGGAACAUCUGACUUUGGUCCUGAUCACACACCCGGUGUAGCGAGUCAGGGUUCGAGAAAGGGAACGUGCACACUUUUAAUCAUACACGACUUACAAUGUAACGUUUCAAAUCUCAAACCUUAAUGCUGUAGACAGCUUUAAGGUGUAGGCUAAACUAUUAGCCAUGUGAUGCUUUAUGUGUGUGUUUUUUUUAAAAAUAUAUUAGGGUAUGAAUGAUCCUGUACUUGAGAAUUUUUUUUUUUUUUUUUUUUUUUUUUUAAAGAUUUGCUUGAAAUAAUUAGUGGAAAUAUAAACCAUUUGAUGUUUGUCUGUACAUAAAUAUAUAAACACACCAUAUGAAUUAGCUGUCGAUACAUCACGUUUUUUUUUUUUAAAUGAAUGUUUAUUCCCCGAGGUGUGUGAAGUGCCAGGACCAGGGUUUGACACUGUUUUUAUGUGUGUGUGUGUUUGUCCUUUGCGUCUUCGAGACAGUGUAUGUGUGUUGACGUCAGUUGCAUUGGAUGCAAUGACCGAACGACAGGCACACACGUGGAUCAACACACACACAUGCAUUUAGGGAAAACUGCCUUGAUUUUUCUACCACAAUACAUACACGCACCCUUCACAUCCUGAGAGAAAGAGAAAAAAAAAAAGAUCUUAAACGAUCAGUUAUGAUGUGUAUCACUCCUCCCCAUCCCACGGCACCCCUCCUGAAAGCUGAAAGACACUGUGAAUCCUCUCUGCUUUUAUUUGUUUUAAUGUAGCUACGCCAAUCAGCAUGGUGAGAAACAGGGAUUAGAAUCAUUUGGGAAAGAUAAGAUGGCUAGAUGUGCCACGUUAGCUGGGAUCGGUCCUUUUUAGCAUGUUGUUUAGGCAAAUCGGACCUUCCGUUCAUCGACUUAACUGCCAUUUUGCAUAGAAGAGGCAUUUUGGAAAUAUCUUAUUGAUGAUUAUCAUGUUUUUUUAAUGAAAUGUACAAAAUGGGACUCAAGCAUCUUAAAAAAAAAAAAAAAAAAAAAUCUCCGUAAUCUUUGUUUACAGCCAUGAAUGAGAAGUAGCUUUUUAUAGAAUGAACGUUUAUAGCCAAAAUCCCUUCUUCUUCUUUUUUUUUUUUUUUCUUCUUUUUUUUUUACUUUUAAACUCAGUGGCUUAUUAUUCUUAUGCCUUAUUAGAGAAAUGUAUAAAAGUGUGCUAUUGUUUGAUUUGUAGUCUUAAAAAUGUGAAACUAGAUAGAAGUUAGCACAACGACAGUGCUGUUUGUGGUGGGGGGGGGGGGAUUAAAGGAAAUGGGAGAUCAGUUUCUUUCAGUCUUCUUUCCCAUUCGCUGUACAAUAUCACUAGACUGCCCCUCAUCCAUCCUCCAUCUCUCUCUCUCUCUCUCCCUCUCUCUCUCUCUCUCUCUCUCUCCAACUUUCUUUGCAUCUGUCUUUAACUGUGCCAUCGAUAUCAUCAUGAUCUACCUUACACUUACCUACAGUACACGAUGAAUGAGCAGUGUUAAUGGGAAAAUGUCUUCAUUUGUGUAGUUUGUAUGUACAAAUACUAUGGAAUACUAAGGGUUUAUGCAUGGGCUUUAGAAAAAAAAUAUAGUGUAACCAAGUAUAUAAUUAUAAUAAUAAUAAUAAUAAUGAUAAUAAAAAAGUUUGAUCCUUAUGAAAGUAAAGGGAGAAAAGUUUUUUUUGUUGGAUUUUGUUUUUUACCGUUUUUCUUUUUGCUGAUGUUUCAUAAUUGUUUUUCUUCUGUGAAACGACCAGACUCAAAUGAAUGGGAGCCUUGAGAGGAAGUGAAAGGACUAGAGACUGCCCCCUGUCCCUCUUGGUUUCUGUGGAUGGGGUAAGUUGGGGGUGACCCUCGCUCUGUCCCCUUAGCUUUACCAGCCCUGAAGGAGAGCUGCACUACACAACGCUGCACCCUUUGAGUAAAUAACUACCCAGCGUCACGCUCCUAAAACCUCCACAAUGCGAGUUUGCUACACUGGCCGAUGUUUAGUUGCUUUUUUUGGGAGAUCAGCACUGGUUUGGAGAUGUGGUGAAGCUUUGUGUGUACCACUUAAGUGUUGUGCAGUGGCUCUCGGAGACCUCGUACCUGACCAGGUCUUGAGAGUUGUUCAGCUGACGCUUUGGUUUCUGUGAUUAUGUUGGAUGUUGUGCAUGUUAUAUUUUGCCUUUUUUUCAAAAACAAACAAAAAAAUUUUUUUUUUUUUAUUCCAAAUCCCAAGAGCGAAACUUUCUGACUCCACUGUCCCGACUGAACUAGGUCUCCAAAAGGAACUGUGGACGCCGUUGGUGGGGUGAGGACAGUUAGCGUCGCGCAAUGCACAGGAAGCGCUCUCUGUCUCCAUGCAGGUAAAAAAAGCACUGUGCUUCGCCCCACCCCCCUUCCUCUCGUCCACCUGAUAGCGCCUGCGCCUGUACCGAACAUCUGCUCUUCUCCCCCACUACCCCACCUCCCCCUCUAGUCUCCACUACUCUGUCAACAUCACCACAGCCAAUGGGGAUCCUCAGUGGGCCCAAGUUACGCCACAGUACUUUGCUGAAAGAAAACACUGACCGGUUUUGCUUCGCAGCUUGAGUGACAGCAGGGGCUAAGAGUUUGCUGCUGCUUCUGUUGGGCUGAUAUUCAUGUUGCUGUGAGUGAAGGGUGAAUGUGGUAGUGCCAUGAAUGAAGACUGGGUGAAUGUUAGCAGAUAUAGCUGAUGAGUAAAUGUGUGUGUGUGUGUAUGAAGUGGUGGAGUGAUUGACUGAAGCUGUUGCUAUAGUGACGAGUGCUUGGGUGUUGGUCUGUUCAGCGUCUCAAGGCUUGGCAGAUGUGGACUUUGCUCAAGAGCCCCACUGAGUACAUCGCCGAUCUCGCUUGUCCCUCCAACUCUUCCUUUACACCCUCCCUUUUUUUUCCUCCCGGCCCCCUUCCUCCCCCCCAGACCUUCCUGGAGUUUGUUCGCCGUACACACACAGCUUGCCGCCGUCCUCGUCGCCUUCCCAAAACCGGCUCUCGAGUUUGUUCAGUGUUAUGCACUUGCUGCCUAACCGCCUGAACGCACCCCUGAAACUCCCCCUUUGCUGGACAUGCUCUGUCAGGCUCUUAAACUGAUAGUUCACCCUAAAGCAGCAUCAGACUCUGUAACUAGAGCUUCAGACAAAAACGAUAUACGGUUUUGCCUUCCCAUCAAGUAACCACAAGUUUGAUCCCCUCAGCCGUCCGUGGCCAAGAGUCAUAACUGGACCAGUGUGGCUGCAGGAUUUCAAUCCAGUCAAGCAGGAGCCACACCUGAUUAGUCGAUUGAAAGCAAGGAUCAGUUGAUUUAAAAAAAGGACGCAACUGUGACGUCUGCUUGUUUGGAAUGAAAAACCUGCAGACACACCAUCCCUUUGCUGAUCAGAUUGGAUACCUCUUACUCUAAGGGGACUAAACAAAGACCCUUCUAGGUGGACCCUUUCCCUACAAGUAUGCCGUGUUAAUCAGACCGACCGUAGCCGCAUAAUGGGUCAAAUGUCUGUUGGAUGACGGAUGCAGAAGAGAGCUCUUCAAUGUGAGUUCUGCCUUCUCAUGCUGCAUGAGCAGGAGUUCAAAAAGAUCUGGUGGCUUCAUGUGUCUCGCAUCACCCAUGUAGUUUUUUCUUCUCCUUUUUCUUUUCUUUUUUUGUCUUUUGUCUAGAGUUCUAGUUACCGAUUCUGAGAUUUUGGGUGGAAAAUCACUUUACCGCCCUCCUGUUGGGUUCUUAGUGUAAAUCACUGUGAUUACACAUUGACCGUUGAAAGCCACCCUUCACCCCUAGAGGGUGUGUUCGUGUCAGGUUUUGUUCCAGAAGACCUAAUCCAAUCCACUAGACAUGAAUUAGGUAAGUCAGGUCUCCCUUUUAUGGGUAAAAACUGGAACAAAAGGCACUUUGUGUAGAUCAGCUCUUUUGCAGGUGUCAUUAACUGUCUUCAAGUACCGUCCACGCAAAGUAUACACCAGAUGUUGAGUUUAUCGAUGAGCACGUAAAAGGGAAGCGAGUGGGACUCCAGGUGUGUACGAGUGCAACGUCUGGUGAAUACUGACUUGAAGAUUAGUGAAUUUGGUUGACACUUGUACCCCGACGUCGUUUGUGUCAGGGUGUGCCUACCUUAAACCCAGUUCCUCUAAACUCCUUCUGAAGUGUUGUAAGUUUUGUGCAACGAGUCUUGUUUGAGUUUUCAGCGGACACUGAGGAGGACAUCUCAAAAUAAGAACACUGAUCUUUUGACCAGCUUCUGAGCCUGUCUAUAAUUUAUGAGUGGUUUUUUUUUGUUUUGUUUUUUAAAAUUGAAUGUUACUAGCCCUACACUUUUUUUUGUAUUUUUAUUUUUCAAAGGGUUUCUCAGGGGUUCUUUGCACAAUUAAGGGUUCUAGCUUCCAAAAAUCUGUACCCAAGUGGCGCUUUUUCUGAAAGGGAGAUCCUCUGUCGUAGGGUUCUACAUAGGCUACGAUCACAGCGCAAGCUUCACCGCACAAUUCCAAUUUUUCUUUUUCUCAGAUUAGAUCUGUCUAUCUUGCUGGUUCAUAUCCGUAACCACAAGUUGUGCAUCUCUCAUCUAGAACACCCUGCGUCAAUUUCUUGGGUCACUACAUUAUCGUGUAGUGGGUUUGGUAAGUUCCAGUUUAGCUCGAAUCAUUUGCCCAAAUAUCAUGGAAAUCACCAAUUUCCCCAUCCUUCCACUCGAUGAUGAUGAUAAUGACAACGGCAUGAAUUCCCAGUUCAGUUAGGCGUCCAAUCUAGGACCACAUAUGAAAGAUUCUCAGGUCAAGAUUGUAUUUUUUAUCUCCAUACAGUUCUG